CCGUUGCGCAUGCGCCGCAGAGAGCGGGCGCGAAACAGGCGCCUGCGUACUGCGGAGGGAGGAAUCUGCGGAGGGAGUGCGGGCGCGUGCGCACAAGGAGUGUAACUCAGGGAGGUUCGCGCGCGCACCGACCGCGGGGGGCUGGCGCGUGCAUAGUGAGUGGAUCCGCGGGCGCCUCCGCGCCUGCGCCGUAGGAACCCUGGCACCAUGAAGGCGGAAGCGCCGGCCAAGCCGCUGUGGGAGUGUCGCCAUUUUCCAAAAUGGCGGCGGCGCUGCAGGGGCUGCUGGUCCCGCACCUGCUGCCCGAGCGCUGCUACGACGAGCUUUUCCUGCGCUUCAACCUGCUGCACGUUCACUGCCUGAAGAUCGUGAUCAGCAAAGGGCUGGGACUCGCCAUCGUCGCGGGGUCGCUGAUGGUGAAGCUGCCCCAGGUGUUUAAGAUCCUGGGGGCGAGGAGCGCCGUGGGGCUCAGUCUCCAAGCCAUCCUGCUGGAGCUGCUGGCCAUCACCGGCACCAUGGUCUACAGCCUGGCCAACGGCUUCCCCUUCAGUGCUUGGGGCGAGGCGCUCUUCCUCAUGCUGCAAACCGUUGCCAUCGGCUUCCUGGCCCUGCACUUCGGGGGACGCACGGCACAGGGUGUCUCCUUCCUGGUGUUGUAUUUCGCUCUGCUCUGCCUGCUGCUCUCCCCUCUGGCCCCCUGGCCCGUGGUCACCCUCCUGCAAGCCACCAACGUGCCCGCCAUCGUCAUCAGCAGGCUACUCCAGGCGGCCACCAACUACCGCAACGGGCACACGGGGCAGCUGUCGGCCGUCACCGUCUUCCUGCUCUUCGGCGGCUCGCUGGCCCGGAUCUUCACCUCCAUCCAGGAGACGGGCGACUCCCUGAUGGCUCUGACCUACAUCGUCUCCUCCGUCUGCAACGGCAUCAUCGCGGGCCAGCUCCUCUAUUACUGGCACGUGCUGGCCGGCGCGGGGGCUGGGAAGAAGCGGGAAUAGAGGGGACCCCCUCCGGACUCUGACCGCGGCCUGCCCGUGGGUCCCCAUAGGGGGAGUGGGGGCUGCCCCCCGCCCCGUGCUGCCGUCUGAGCUGUAUCGAGGGGGGGGCAGGACCCCCAUCUGGCUCCACCGGCGCCCCCUAGAGGGGAACCCACUCAGCCCGGUCUGCCCCCCCCCCUCCCCAGCUGGGCUCCGGCAGGGAGGGGGGAGCAGGUCUGUAAACCGCCCCCCCCCCGUGAGGUAAUUAAACGCUGAUUGGCCA